AUGGGGUUCGAUUUGAGAUUUGGACGGCCGGUGAACAUUGAGCAAAGAGGCUUGGUGACUGAAAGUCUGAGUACUCCGACGCAACGUAUCGACUUCCCGCGAGCUGCCGACUUACCCAACUUGUACAUUGAGUGUCUGAAUACUCUGGCGCAACGUAUCGACUUCCCGCGAGCGGUCCAUCUGCUAUUUUAUAGCUCCGACGCAAUGUAUCAAUUUCCCGCAAACUGCCAUCUACCCAACUUGUAUAUCAAAAUAUGUCUGAAUGCUCGGACGCAAUGUAUCGACUUCCCGCGAGGUGACCUGUUAGAAGAUAUUAAAGGAGAGUUGGUAACCAACUAUGACAGUCAACUCGCGCUCAUCAAGACACUUCUCACAGAGCUCAGCCUUUCUCCCUCGUUCCCUCAUCCACCCUCCGACGCACACACGCACACACAUAGGCACAUAUCUGUAUCCCUAACCUCCUUCAGCACCGCCGCAAGCUCAAUUUAUGGCCCACCCUACCUCCAAUCCCAAACCGACAUGCAAUCCUGCAUCCUGCACGCCAAAGGCAAAGACUACAGCACCGUCUCCUCCUCCUUCUUUGAGGCAUUCAAGAAUCUCAGCGCCGCGGGCAUGAAAGAUUCUUCCGCGGCUGGUGGCAAAGUUCAGGAUAAAGAAGAGAAGGCUAGGGCGAAGGAGGUUGGAGGGGACACGAAGAAUGAGCAGGGAUAA